AUGAUAGCAACUCAACCAGCCAAGCCUAGUGUGAUAGCAACUCAACCAGCCAAGCCUAGUAUGAUAGCAAUUCAACCAGCCAAGCCUAGUGUGAUAGCAACUCAACCAGCCAAGGCUAGUAUGAUAGCAACUCAACCAGCCAAGGCUAGUAUGAUAGCAACUCAACCAGCCAAGCCUAGUGUGAUAGCAACUCAACCAGCCAAGCCUAGUAUGAUAGCAACUCAACCAGCCAAGCCUAGUGUGAUAGCAACUCAACCAGCCAAGCCUAGUGUGAUAGCAACUCAAACAGACAAGGCUAGUAUGAUAGCAACUCAACUAGCCAAGCCUAGUGUGAUAGCAACUCAACCAGACAAGCCUAGUAUGAUAGCAACUCAACCAGACAAGGCUAGUAUGAUAGCAACUCAACCAGCCAAGGCUAGUAUGAUAGCAACUCAACCAGCCAAGCCUAGUGUGAUAGCAACUCAACCAGCUAAGGCUAGUAUGAUAGCAACUCAACCAGCCAAGCCUAGUGUGAUAGCAACUCAACCAGCUAAGGCUAGUAUGAUAGCAACUCAACCAGCCAAGCCUAGUGUGAUAGCAACUCAACCAGCUAAGGCUAGUAUGAUAGCAACUCAACCAGCCAAGCCUAGUGUGAUAGCAACUCAACCAGCCAAGCCUAGUAUGAUAGCAACUCAACCAGACAAGGCUAGUAUGAUAGCAACUCAACCAGACAAGCCUAGUAUGAUAGCAACUCAACCAGACAAGGCUAGUAUGAUAGCAACUCAACCAGCUAAGGCUAGUAUGAUAGCAACUCAACCAGCCAAGCCUAGUGUGAUAGCAACUCAACCAGACAAGCCUAGUAUGAUAGCAACUCAACCAGCCAAGCCUAGUGUGAUAGCAACUCAACCAGCCAAGCCUAGUGUGAUAGCAACUCAACUAGCCAAGCCUAGUGUGAUAGCAACUCAACCAGACAAGGCUAAUAUGAUAGCAACUCAACCAGCCAAGCCUAGUGUGAUAGCAACUCAACCAGCCAAGCCUAGUGUGAUAGCAACUCAACCAGACAAGCCUAGUAUGAUAGCAACUCAACCAGGCAAGCCUAGUGUGAUAGCAACUCAACCAGCCAAGCCUAGUGUGAUAGCAACUCAACCAGACAAGCCUAGUAUGAUAGCAACUCAACCAGGCAAGCCUAGUGUGAUAGCAACUCAACCAGCCAAGCCUAGUGUGAUAGCAACUCAACCAGACAAGCCUAGUAUGAUAGCAACUCAACCAGGCAAGCCUAGUGUGAUAGCAACUCAACCAGCCAAGCCUAGUGUGAUAGCAACUCAACCAGCCAAGCCUAGUGUGAUAGCAACUCAACCAGCCAAGGCUAGUAUGAUAGCACUUCCACCACUACAUCUAACAAACUUUAGCUUAGCCACUCAUGCUUGUAGGAAUAGACACGCGAGCAAGUAG